AUGCAGUACCUCCGCCUUUUCGUCUUUGUCGCGCCACUGGCGUUGGCGUCAAAUGUCACUCCAGUGCAGAAGGUCAUCGACAUGAUGGAAGACAUGAAGGAGAAAGGAACGAAGGAGAUGAAGGAGGAGCAGGUCCAGUUCGCGGAGUUCUCCCAGUUCUGCGAGUUGACCUUGGCCGACAAGGCACGGUCCAUUGGCGAUGCCACGGACAAGAUCGAGACCUUGGAGGCGGAGAUCGCGCAGGCAGGCAGCGAGGCGGAGCGGUUGGGCGCCGAGGCCGCGCAACACGCAGCGGAGGCGAAGGCGGCGCAGGAGGAGAAGAGCGAGGCCACUGAGGUCAGGAGCAAGGAGCGAGCCGACUUCCAGACAACCCAUCAGGACUACACUGAGUCCAUUGAUGCCAUUGGUCGAGCCAUGAAGGCAUUGAAGGAGAAGAAGGAGGUGUCCUUAGCGCAACUGGCUGCCACGCGCACGCGCGUCAGCCGCAUGCCAACUGAGGUGGCGGAGCAGAUUGAUGCACUUCUCGCUACUGCCAAGGAGGAGCCAAGCCUUCUUGCCGAAGGAGGGAGUCAGGCACCAAAGGCGAAGACCUAUGAGUUCCAGUCAGGUGGUGUCAUCUCUAUGCUGGAGAGCCUGCAGGACAAGUUCGUGGAUGAGCGCAACAGCUUGGAGUCAGAGGAGCAGGCUUCACCAGCCGGUCCAGCCGGGCCGAAUCCUGCCAGCAAGGCCAAGAAACACGCCUACGAACUCCUGGCCCAGCGUUUGGAGGCGCAAUCUGUGCAGUCUGACAAGGAGGAGCAGGAGAAGACCCAGUUCAAGGCCAAGAAGAUGCAAACCAAAGCCUCCAGCACUGCUGAGUUGGAGGAGACCAAGGCGGAAAAGGAGUCGGAUGUGAAGUACUCCACCGAUUUGAAGGCCACUUGCGACAAGAAGGCCUCUGCUUUCAAGGUACGACAGCAGACGCGCAAAGAGGACCCCAGGGCCGCACCCCAGAACUGCGGAACGGUGCAGGAGUUGGAAGCGAUCAGCAAGGCCCAGGACAUCAUCAGCGGCGGUGCGGUGAGCGGCAACGCCAAAAAGCACCUGCCCAGUUUGCUGCCGCUUGGGCAGCAGAAGGCCGUGUCGGCGUUGGCCUUCUUGCGAUCCGAGCAUACUGAGACCGGUCGUGGUCAACGUGGGCAGGACCAGGUGGCUCGCUUCCUUCAGCAGAAGGCCACGCAGCUGGACGUGGCGGCCGAUCCCUUGGCCAAGGCGCUGAAGCUGAAACGCUGGGGCUGGGGGCCUGGGAAGGUGAAGACCAUGAUUGAGCAGCUGGUGGUGAAGCUCAACGAACAGGGCAAGGCGGAAGCCACCAAGCAGGCCUGGUGUGAAACUGAACUCUCCACCACGAAGCAGACCCAGGACGCCAAGAGCGAUGGGGUGGAAUCUCUCACCGCCGAGAUGGACCAGUUGAAGGCGUCGAUUGCCAAGUUGGGGGAUGAGACCACGACACUGGCAACGGAGCUUUCGGAGCUGGAGGCGGCCAUGACCAAGGCAGCAGACUUGCGCACGAAGGCUGGGGCCACGGCGAAAAAUGGAGGUGUGAAGGAGAAGGAGAAGAAUGCCGUGACCAUCAAAGAAGCCAAGGAGGCACAAGAGGCCGUAGCGCAGGCCCUGCAGGUGCUGAAGGAGUUCUACGCCAAGGCCUCCGAUGCCACGGCUCUGGUGCAGACGAAAGAGCGGGCGCAGCGGGCGCAGCCGGAGGUCUUCGGAGACGAGCAGCUCGGGCCUUACACUGGCAUGGGUGGCGAGAGCGGUGGUGUCAUCGGCAUGAUGGAGGCCUCUGGAUCCCUGAUUGCGGGUGAAAAUUCCACUUUCUUUGGGCCCUUUUGGGCACAGAUUUUUCUUUUGGAGUCGGUGAUCGAGAGCGACUUUGCGCGUCUGGAGGCGGAAACCACUUCCGCGGAGGAGGCGUCCAAGAAGGAGUACGAUGAGUUCAUGGAGGACUCCAAGAUGGACAAGGCCAGCAAGGAAGCUGCUGUGAAGCAGAAGACCAGUAAGAAGAGCAACGCGGUGGCCGAUUUCUGCGCCGGUUGUGCCCAAGAGCUGAGCGCGGCCGAUGGUGACUUGCAGAAUACGCAGAAGGAGUUGGAUGCGGCCAAUGCCUACUAUGAGAAGUUGAGGCCUGACUGUGUGGACACAGGAAAGUCCUAUGCCGAGCGCAAAGCGCAGAGGGAACAAGAAAUGAAGGCAGAUGGGGGACCUCAAAGAAGCCUUGGAGAUGUUGGAGAACGUCUAAGGACAAACAUCUACAAGAACAUCUGGCUCGGGGGCUUCUUUGAUUACGACAAUGUCAAGAACCUCGACAAUGUCACCGUGGUCAGCUGCCUUGGCAAAACUGGUUACAAGCGCGAUGGAGCAGCCUCUGGGUUUGCAUUAGCUUGUGAGUCGGGCUGCUGGGGAGGAGUGGUGGACCGACGAUUUGAAGGUCAAAUCGUGAAGUAUUUGAUGGACAAGGGCUUCGGCUUCAUCAGGUGUCAGGAGCUGCGACAAAGAUUCCCUGAUCGGGAUAUUUUUGUGCAUCAAAAGCAGCUGGGAAACUUCAAAGAGGGCGAAAACGUGAGCUUUGGGGUGUGGCCGCCUGGGCUCAGACUUCUGAUUUCCAUAUUUUUUGUCGGCCCCCAGAUCUUCGGACAUGUUCAUGCCGCCAUUUUAUUUAAUAACCAUUUUAUCAUAUAUCUUCAUAUAUCAUCAUAUAUCAUCAUAUAUCUAAUUGAGCAUAAUUGA